AUGCAGGAACGUCAGGAGGAGUACGCCUCACUUUCUGAGCGGGAGCAGUUGCGGCAAGACGUCAUUGCCAAAACUAUACGGCGCAAUGAAUCACGGGCACGCGUCCGUGAGGUUGCAAAGGCAAUGGAGGCAUCGGAGAGGGAGUUGAUGCGCGUGGUGGAUCAACUUAGUGCUCUCAUGAGCAUUGGCCACUUCGUUGGUGAAAUUCUUCACAAGGUGGAUGAAGAGCGGUUUAUCGUACAGAGCGUUUCCGGUGCCCGCCAUCUCGUUGGUUACAAGAAAAGUAUCAAGCCGGAGAAGCUGAAAAUUGGAACUCGUGUCGCACUGGAAAUUACAACGCUAACAAUUGUGAAAGUGCUUCCCCGUGAGGUUGACCCACAGGUAUAUAACAUGCAAGUUAUGGAGAACGAGAAGAAUAUUUCGUUCCAGGAAAUCGGUGGCUUGCAGGAGCAGAUGCGGCAAAUGCGAGAGGUCGUAGAACUUCCUCUGACGAAUCCGGAGUUGUUUGUGCGUGUCGGUAUUUCACCUCCUAAGGGCGUGCUUCUUUACGGCCCGCCGGGAACCGGCAAGACGCUACUUGCUAAAGCAAUUGCGUCCAAUGUUGACGCUGCUUUCCUGAAAAUUGUAGCGUCCUCUAUUGUAGAUAAAUAUAUUGGCGAGUCGGCACGAGUACUGCGUGAGAUGUUUGCUUUUGCGCGCGAUCAUGAGCCAUGCAUUAUUUUUAUUGAUGAAGUGGAUGCUAUUGGCGGGAAGCGAAUCGAGGGUAGUUCCUCCGACCGCGAGGUUCAGCGUACGCUAAUGGAACUACUGCAUCAGAUGGAUGGCUUUGAGAAGCUAGGGAAAGUGAAAGUGAUUAUGGCGACCAACCGCCCCGACACGUUGGACCCCGCGCUUAUGCGUCCCGGGAGGUUAGACCGUAAAAUCGAAAUCGGACUACCGAACGAGGCCGGUCGUCUUGACGUGCUGAAGAUUCACGCAUCCAAGAUUACGAAACAAGGCGACAUUGAUUACGACUCGAUCGUCAAACUCUCUGAAGGUUUUAAUGGUGCCGACUUACGCAAUGUUUGUACCGAGGCCGGGAUGUUUGCCCUUCGCGCGGGCAGGGAUUACGUCAUCAACGAAGACUUCAACAAAGCAACCCGGAAGGUGGCAGAUUCUAAGAAACUGGAGAGUGCUCCACAUCAAUACUCAGAGCAAUAG